AUGAAACAUGUAAUUUUUAUAACUGGCGCCACAGGCUAUAUUGGUAUCAAUUUAGUAUCUAAGUUGUUACGUCAACCAAAUGUUGAGAGAAUCAUUUGCACAACUAGACAAAAGCAUCCAGAUUCAUUUCGGUCAUCAAUUCAAUUGAAUUCAAAGCAAUAUGGUCUUUCAGUGAAUGAAUUCGAUUUGAAAUCGAAGAUUGAACCAAUCGAAUUGGAUCUUGUUAAAGAUCGGAGUUCAUUAUUAAGCUUCUUGGAGCCGUAUAAGAAAACAAUCGAUAUCAUUCAUCAUCUAGCUUCUGACAUUGGAUACGGAUUUCCAGUAGAACACUUUCAACCAUGGAUGGAUGUUACAAAAAUACUUGCUGAAUAUUGUAUGGAUUCUAAACAUCCUAAACAGUUUCACGUAACUGGAAGUUAUGGACAUAAACUGAUUGAAUUCAAAUAUACUGAUGAAGAUUUCUAUUGGAUUAAUGGUUAUUUUGUAUACAAGAAAUGGUUGCAUAAUUAUAUGUGCGAAAAAUUUGCGAAAGGUUUGAAAGGUGUUUUGUUCGAGCCUGGCUACGUCAUAGGCUCGGUGGAUCCCGGUCAAAAAUACAUGCUUUGGCGUAUAGUUCGUAUGUUUGCAACAUUAGAACAUGCAUUUCAAUAUAGAAUGCUUUGUACACCCAUCGAUAUGUUGAUCGAUCAUUAUAUGUUAGCAUUGAAUCAUACUGACCCAGGACCAAACAUAAUCUGUCCUUUUAUACCAGAACCAUUGAAUAUUUCUAAACACAUGCAAGAAUUAUUACCACACUUGACGAUGGUUGAUUUUGAGCGUUUUCGAGAGAUAGUCAAGCAACGGUUACCUAAAAAAGCAAAAUACUUCGGUCCAGCUAUGCUGAAUUGUACUGAAUCAGUACUAAGCAUACAAAAAGCCAUCUUUCAUCCGUUAUAUGAUAGUACCAAAUAUAAAAAUAUCAAUCAAACUACGUAUCUUCUAAGCUGUAAAAGUUUCAAGGAUGCUCUCAAACAAGGUCAACAAAAUAAAGACAAUAUUUAG